CAUGCACAUGUGCGUAAGAUGGAUGGCCACCUCACAUUCCCACGGGCCCGUAAGGGCGCCAUAGGUGCGCGGUCCUGCAUCCCGCUCCUCUUUUAAUAUUGCCUGCAUUCCUCGCCUUCGUUGUUCAAUUCCCUUCGUUUCUUCGUGUCCGUCUCGAGAGUGGUGGAAAGCUUCUUCCAGGUGGGAACAGCAGGCAUACCUCGACUCACAACCCCCAAAAAUAACCAAGCAUGUGGUCAACAACAUGGCUGCGGCCAGCACUGCUCGUCGCUGGCCUGCUCUCUACUUCGACAUCUGUACAAGCAAAGCACCAUCUUGGCGCCCCUGAGUACCACGGAGGCGACUGGCGGCCCGAAUACGUCCUUGUCGCUACCGCUCAGAACAUCACCAUCAACUGCGAGUCGCGAUACUCGGUCACCUUCAACCAGACCUCGCCUGGCCCCAUGCUGCGCCUGCAGGAGGGCAAGACCACCUGGGUCCGCGUGUGGAACCGCAUCCCGGACAACAACUUGACAGUGCACUGGCACGGCCUCAGCCAGCGAGUGGCCCCGUUCUCUGACGGUGUGCCCACCGUCUCGCAGUGGCCUAUUGCGCCAGACCAGUACUUUGAUUACGAGCUGCACCCAGAGUCUGGCGAUGCCGGCACCUACUUCUACCACUCGCACGUCGGAUUCCAGGCUGUCACCGCCCGUGGCUUACUGAUUGUCGACGAUGAAGAAGCUCCUCCUGAGCGACCGUACCAGUAUGACGGGGAUAUCCCGCUCGUCUUUGCCGACUACUAUCCGCACGAGGACAGCACCGUCGAAGCAGGCCUGGCGGCAAACCCCUUCGUCUGGGCUGGCGAGCCCACGGCCGUGGUGCUCAACGACCGCACAGGCAACGCCUCCCUCGCGACCGCCAAGGAUGACAGCUGCAAACCGUACAUCAUUACCGUGGAGCCCGGCAAGACCUACCGGAUGCGUUUCGUCAACGAGGCCGCGUUGUCGUUCCUGAUGGUCGGCAUACAGGGCCACAGCGAGCUGACCAUCAUCGAGGCAGACGGGCACUACACCAAGCCUGCCAACGUGUCGUACAUCCAGUUCGGCAGCGGACAGCGCUACAGUGUGCUGUUCAAGGCCAAGACCGAGCAACAGCUCGACGCCGACGGGCUCGGUGGCAACUACUGGAUCCAGUACGAAGCACGCGACCGGCCCUCGAACCCUUUCGGCUGGGGGAUCUUGCACUACAAAACGCAGGGGUGCGGCGGGCAGCCCAAGGAGUCGGCGCUACCGCAGAACCUUCCCGCGUACAAACAGCCUGUCACCUUGCCGACCAACCCAGCCGACUACACGCGGUACCUCGAGUACACGCUAGAGCAGUACGACAACGCCGCAAACAACUUCCCCUCGCGAUCCGAGGUGACACGCACCGUGUACAUCACCGUGAAUCAGCUCGUUGUCGAUGGGUUCUACAACGGCAGCGUGCGGGGCGGGCUCGAGUGGUACCAGAACAACCUGACGUACUCGGACGAGGAGGCCGAGGCGCUCCGCACCGUCCCAUACCUCAUCCAGGCGUACCAGGGUGAGACGCCCGAUUACGCCGCGGCGCUCGCCAACAACGGGUGGGAUCCCAAGACGCGCGCGUGGCCCGCGGAGGUCGGCGAGGUGCUCGACAUUGUGUGGCUCAGCAACUCGGGCCCCACAAGCGGGUACGACAACCACCCGAUGCACGCGCACGGGGAGCACUUCUGGGAUCUAGGCAGCGGGAACGGGACCUACGACGCCGCGGAGAACGACAAGCAUUUCGAGUCCGGGUACAAGCCGGCGAGGCGGGACACGACCAUGCUGUAUCGCUACAUGCCCAGGUCGCCAACGCCUUUUUACACAUCGGGCUGGCGCGCAUGGCGGAUCCGGAUCACGGAGGAUAAUGUAGGCGCGUGGAUGAUGCAUUGUCAUAUACUAGCGCACAUGGCCAUGGGCAUGCAAACCGUCUGGGUCUUCGGCAAUGCCGCCCAGAUCAUCCGCGAGAUCCCGGAGCCGUAUGUCACGGGGUACCUCACCUACGGCGGUAGCGCGUACGGUAAUGCUACGUACGACCCGCUUGUUGUGCCGUGGUUUGGGCUGGGGCCGGCCGAGCCGCCUCACCCUUGAAAACACGAAACCGAUCGUCCGCAGGCUUGCAACAGUCAGCCGGGGUUUAAGUAAUGAGGGCAGGGGAUAAUUGGGGAGGCGUUUGUAGAUCAUGCAUGAGAGUGGCGAAGCAUAUAUGUAGCGAUCUGUAUGUUAUUGUUAGAGAAUGAUUCCAGGGCUCAUUUCUUGAGGCUCUGUUUGGUUACGUUUGAAUGUAAUCUGAGCAGCUAGCGGCAUAUCCAGCAAUAGAAGAAGGGAGAUCCAUGC